CUCUUAUUUUUAUUCUUAAACAAUGAAGACGAUUACAUCCUAUUUCAUAUCAAUGUUCAUUAGUUACAUCAUCACUAAAGUGGGUCAGAAACUAUUUUGGAAUAACAAGAAACCGGAUGGAACGAUAAAGAAGCCUUGGCCACCUAGUCCAAAGGGACUACCUUACUUUACAAAUGCUUACCAUCAAUUUCAAGAAGAAGCAUAUCGUGCAUUAACGAGAUGGUCAAAUCAACUGGGUGAGCUCUUCUCGGUAGAAAUUGGAUUUAAAAGAAUCAUUGUCUUAAACUCCCCUGAACUGGUCCGAAAGUUUAUGUUGGAGAAGGACCAAUACAACUCAUGUCGAGUACCUUCUGAUACUUUUGAAAAUACUGUUACUGACAGAGGUAAGACCGUUUUCUCAGCCCCUUUCUCAACUUAUUGGGCUCGUUUGAGACGUGCUGUUCAUCUCGUCAUUGGCAUCGGUCACUAUUCACAAUUUGAACCUGUUCUCAAAUCACAGUCCGAAACUCUCUCGGCUUGUAUUAAAGGAUCUCUAAAUGAAGAAAAGAAGCUCACUGGGAAGGAACUUCGUCGAUUGGUUGACCUUGUUGCUGCUGAUCUUGCCUUGACUAUGGUUAUCGGCCCUGAAAAACGAGAUCCUGAUCUCAUGCUUGACUUGGUUGAGAGAUGUCGUAAGCUUGAAGCACUUCAGACAAGCAAGUAUAACCGCAUAGGCCAAUUCUUUCCUGUUUUCAACGCACUCUAUGAUCUUUUCAAGCUCAUCACAAUGGAUAACUCUGUAACUAAAACCCGCAAUGAUCUCUUGCAAGUAUUUAUACCAUGGUUUGAUACCAUUUAUGCACAAAGGGAAGCAGUAGAACAAGCUAAAAAGGAAAAAAAUGAACCCUUCAGCAGAGUACCUACUAUUGGCAAAAGUUUAUUAAACAUCGAUCCUUCCAAGAAUGACCCAGAACCUGUUCAGCUCACAAAAGAGGAGAUAUUCAUCAACAUCUCUCAUAUCACGGUUCAUGCUCAAACCUACUUGGCCUCGACUCUCUUCACCGUGAUCCAACGUCUUGCUACCGAAUCUGAAUGGCAAGAAAAGAUAUUGGAAGCAUCUGGAGAAGAGCAGAUAGGUGUAGCCAAAGCCUUUGUUUAUGAAUCGCUACGUUUAGAUGCACCUAACAAAUUGCUUGCUUAUGCUCCCCGUACAGAUUAUGAAUUUGAAGCAUCCGAUGGCUAUACUUAUCGCAUUGACACGGAUGCACAACUCGUUGUGAAUGUAGAUGCAAUCCAUCAUAACAGCAGAUAUUAUCCUAAUUCCGAAAAGUUCGAUCCUCAGCGCUUCUUGAAAUCCGAAAAAAAGAUGGUCAGUCUGCUACAAGAAGAUCAAACUGGUAAGAAGAUUGCUAAUGAUCAUAUGGCAUUUGGUGCUGGACGUCGUGCCUGUCUUGGUAGAAAAAUAAGCGAGGAAUUCUUGGUGACAGCCCUGGUUCAUUUGACUCAAACAUAUAAACUGGAAGGAGGCAACGUAGACAACAAGGCCGAGAUCGGGACUAAUCUUUGGUCAUGGACUGGAAGAACAGAAACAGAAGGAGCAUCUAUUAAGUUUGUCAAGAGACAAUAAUUUAAUUUCUUAAAAAAAGUAAUAAUAAAUUCUGUAAUUUCUACACUUUUUUUCUUUCUCCUCUUACUUUCUUAUGCGUGUUUUAUGCGUAGCUGAGAAACCAAGUGCUGCCAAAAAAAUAGCCGAAAUCUUGUCUCAAUCUGAUUAUCAAGUUAGACAAACACAAGAUCCUCAUGUCAAAAACUACUGUUUCACUUACAACUUGAAUAAUCGACCUACCAGUUUUGUAAUGACAUCCUUAAAGGGCCAUUUCUUAGAAAUGCACUUUCAAGGUGAAAUUGAUAAAAACUGGAACUUGUUUCCAAUCGAAGAUC